AUGCACAGAGUUUAUUUGUGUUUUGGAGACCUACAGACUUAAGAAUGAUCGUGAUGCUGCAGUUAUUGUCCCUCUGUCUGGCUUUUGUCUCAAUGGUGUUUCUAGUUGUAUCCACGUGGACUGACUGCUGGAUGGUGAAUGCCGAUGACAGCUUAGAGGUCAGUCAGAAAUGCCGUGGGCUCUGGUGGGAAUGUGUAACCAACACUCAGGAUGGAAUCAAAACAUGUGAUCAAUAUGAUUCCAUAUUAGCAGAUCAUCCAUUGAAAAUAGUCCUCACCAGAGCCCUUAUGAUCACAGCUGAUAUCUUGGCCAGUUUUGCACUUAUUAUAUUGGUGUUUGGAAUGGAUACAGUAAAGUUUCUGAGGGAAGAGAGUCAUACGAAGCUACGCAUGUGUUACAUUGCUGGAUUUAUAUUCGGGAUUGGAGGUAUCCUUGGGAUGAUUGGCUCAGUGUGGUAUGCAGUGGAUGUCUAUGUGGAGAGAACCUCGCUGGUACUACAGAAUGUGUUCUUGGGAAUUCACUAUGAGUUUGGAUGGUCUUGUUGGCUGGGAAUGGCAGGUUCUACUGGCUGCUUUGUGGUGUCUAUUGUUCUUACAUGUUGUCAGCACAUAUUCAGAGAUACGGGAUCUUCCCCUAGACACCAGCAAUUUGUAUAUGAAUAUGGAAGAACUGCUACUGGGAAGAUGUAUGCCAUGGAUUCUAGAGUGUGA